AUGAAGAAGACGCUUCUGCUUGUAUUCAUUCACGGCUUCAAAGGCAGUGACCACACCUUCAACAACUUCCCGCAGGAUUUACGGGCGCUUCUUUCCAACGCCUUGCCGAAGAUCGAGAUUCUGAGCGUCCAAUACCCUCAGUUUGAGACCCGAGGCGAUCUCAAUCAAUGCGUUGCGAAAUUCAAAGAAUGGUUGCAGGACAAAGUCAUUGACUUAGAGGUCGCCAACGGGACACCUUCGCCGACGGUAGAUCCAAGCGUGCACGUAGUACUAUGCGGGCACUCUAUGGGCGGCAUUGUGGCCGCGGAGACACUGCUGAGCGUUGCAAAGGAUGAGCCGCUACCUUCGCAAAGCUGGGCGAAUGACACAACCAACACUACGACGGCAGACGGCGCGAGGCCGGUCACGCUACCACUCGAAGACCCCAUUGAGAGAGCAUCAUCUGCACCACCCGUGGAGUCAAGCAGACUAUUCUUCCCGUAUAUCCGCGCUGUAUUGGCGUUUGAUACUCCAUACCUUGGCAUCAGCCCCGGCGUGCUUGCGCACGGCGCAGAGGAGCACAUCAACCAGGCUUCCGCCGCAUACAAGGCAUUUGAUACCGCCAGUCAGUUCUUCGGCUGGGGCUCACCGGGUGGGUCUUCAGCGCGACCGAUCCCGAACGCGUCUGCCAAAGCUCUUCCAGCGGCUGACGGCUCGACCACCGCAUGGGGAACCUGGGGCAAGUACGCGAUGUAUGGCGGCGCCAUAGCUGCGGUCGCAGGUGCCGCUGGAGCAGCGUACCUCAACUACAAUCAGAUUCAGGAAGGACUCUUGUGGGCAGGCAGUCAUCUGGAGUUUGUCGGCUGUCUUGCACGCGGAGCAGAGCUACAGAAGCGAGUCGAGAGCGUGGUCGCGCUUACGAAGACGCACGGUAUCGGCUUCGCCAACUUCUACGGGGCGCUUGAUGAGAAAAUCUCGAGCAAGACGCAAUAUGCCGGCGCUGUACUUGGUCAAGACCGGACCUUUUGCGUCGUACCGAAGGCUGCCCGGAAGCAGGACCCUGCGGCUGGCAAUACGAGCCGAAGUAAGGGCGCGUGGGUCAAGUGUGUCAACUCGGUGGCGAGCGACGAGCUGAAAGCGCAUACGAGUAUGUUUGCGCCGCAGUGGAAUCGCGACUACCACGCCAUGCUGCCGCGGGCUAGAGAUCAAAUCGCUGCUUGGGUUGACAACGAGUGGUACGAGAGCUCAAUGCCCGCGGAAGGGCAGGCGGCAGGACUUGGUGCUACAGAGGUAUAACAGGUGUCAAGAUACACUGUUUCAAGGUGUCCUACAAUCAUGUCAUAAGUACUAAGAUGCAUCCACUGCUUCCCUCUAUCUACGUAUAGGACGUAAAGUCACGUGCAAGUGAUCGCCCGCGCUUACAGCGGUGUCCGAUUCGGCAGGUCUGUUAUCUCCGCGAGAAUCUACUGCAACAUUGCAACACC